CCCCUACAAAGACUUUGAGGCUAUGAACGUUAAAUGUGACUAUUGCGGUGCCUUACAUUGGAAGGAUGAGCAGCUUUCAACCUCAAGGCCUGGAAACCCCGUGUUCGGAAGCUGUUGCUUACAAGGCGAUAUUCACCUCGACCCAUGGACCCCUUUGCCCCCCUUCUUACGGGAGCUGUUAACAGGGAGCAACCAACGUGCACGGAAUUUCCAAGAUCGACUGCGGCAUUACAAUAAUGCGUUCGCUUUUACGUCUAUCAAGUGCAACCAGGAAACGCACGGCCGGUCUGGGGGUGUAAUGGACUUCCAAAUCUAUGGAGGACUAUACCAUUUACAAGGUCCUUUACAGUCUGAUGGUAGCGGUCCUCCUACUUUUGCACAGCUGUAUAUUUACGAUCCCCAAGCGGCCCCAAACACGCAAGUUACAGCCGACAGACGCCUCCAGAGCUAUACAGACUUGGACCCGACCUUUGUUCGCGAGUUUACACAGUUCUUACACCACAACAAUCCCUACAUCAGCAUGUACAACACUGCAAAAGAGCGUCUUGAAGCCUGCAUAGCGGAUGUAGCUCAAGUCGAACUCGACCCCCAGAUGGGAAUGAGGUUAAUAGUCCAGGACGGGGCGGAUAGGAGGCGUGAAAACCUCCCUACGGUCGACGAGGUAGCUGCCGUAAUCCCUGACGAAUGGGAUGGGGUUACAAGAGACGGUAGGGUUAGCUCUGCUCGGUCCGCAAUCCUCUCUUUCCGCGGCAGUUCCCGUCGGUUUACGGAAAUCCCAGUUCAGCAUGCUUCCUAUCUACCUCUCGCAUAUCCCCUUCUCUUUCCGUACGGGGAUAACGGUUUUCAUCAGGGGAGGGAUUGGAGUCGAUUUGCUCGUUCUGGAUGGUCCUCUGGUGUUGCCUCAAGAGCCUCUUUAGAGUAUUGGAUAGCUAGCUCCAGAUCGGCCACGACUCCUGUUCUCUGAUAUCUGUUACGGUAUCCAACCCCGAGGGAUUGGAGUCGAUUUGCUCGUUCUGGAUGGUCCUUUGGUGUUGCCUCAAGAGCCUCUUUCAAGUGUUGGAUAGCUAGCUCUAGAUCGGCUACGACUCCUGUUCUCGGGUAUCUGGCACGGUAUCCAAUCCCGAGGGAUUGGAGUAGACUUGCCCGGUCUGGAUGGUCCUCUGGUGUUGUCUCAAGAGCCUCUUGAAGUUGUUGAAUACCUAUAUCUAGGUUUCCCCUGAAGUGACAAUUAGCCUCCAGAUUUAUAGAAGACAACCUUCGUGUUCUUUAUAUUAUGGAGCUUAUUUGUACGCGUCCUGACAACGGGAUGUGUGGGUCCUGCUAGCUGAUAAGUUUUGGCGAUGCGAGCUGUUCAAUGGCUAGAUAGGCUAAUGGUAGCCAGGGUUAAGAUUAUAGGCAGAUGUAAACUGCUCAGGUAUUUGG